UCACAAGCCAGACAAGACAAUCUUAACCAUGAAAAUUUCCGCCCAAGGUGUGGUGGGGAAGAGGGACAGGUUCAAACGGACUGAGCAGCACAUUCCCUUUAGCCUCGCCCAAACCGAAAAACGGUUAAGUUGGGGGCGGAGCUAGCGCAUCCAUGGCGUCAUCACGCUGCGCCCAUGCUCUGCCAGCACUGAUGUGAGUGCUGGUCCUCCAAGACCCUCUCAGGAUACUUUCCUUUCCCAGAAGAAGAUGAAAGAGAAAGAAGUGAAUGAUGGGUUCCAGAUAGGAAGAUGCCAGGUGUUGCUGACAUUCCAGGAUGUGGCUGUGGACUUCACCAGAGAGGAGUGGGCACAGCUGACCCCAGCUCAAAAGACUCUCUACCGAGACGUGAUGCUGGAGAACUACCGGAAUCUGGUGGCCCUGGGGCACCAGCUUUCUAAGCCAGAAGUGAUCACACAGUUGGAGCAGGAGGCGCAGUGGACAGCAGAAAGCAGCAGCCAGCUGGACACUGUUACAGGUGGGGUGGACAGACGUGUAAUGAAAAAGACAUCACUCAAGCAGAACACAACCGAUGAAAAUCAGCCCCAUGAAGUUAGAACGGAAAAGCUAACAGGGGCCUCUUUCGAGUACUCCAUCUUAGGAGGACUCUGGGAUCUUGAUUAUCCGUUAGAACUGAACCAAGAAAAGCAGCAGAAGCAUU